CUGCCUUACAAGUCCCGCAGGAAGGAGCGCUCAGGUCUGCAGCCUCGUGGGGAUUUGCAGGGCUCGGAGGGACUCGGCGAUGCUGCACAUCUCCUCUCCCUCCUGGCCGCAGCAGUGCCACGUGCACAGCGGUGCUCCCAAGGGUCCUGUUUCGGCGUGAGAGUGAUAUUCGCCGGACUGCUCCAAGAUGUCUUACAGAAAGGAGCUAGAGAAAUACCGGGACCUGGACGAAGACAAGAUUCUUGGUACCCUGACGGAGGAGGAGCUCAGGCAGUUGGAGAAUGACCUGCAAGAGCUGGAUCCUGAUAACGCGCUGCUGCCGGCAGGGCUCAGGCAGAGGGAUCAGACGCAAAAGCCACCAACUGGCCCGUUCAAAAGGGAAGAGCUCAUGGCCCACCUGGAAAAGCAGGCAAAAGACGUUAAAGACAGAGAAGACUUGGUUCCUUUCACAGGCGAAAAGAGAGGGAAAGUUUGGAUCCCUAAGGAGAAGCCGAUGGAUCCUGUUCUGGAAAGCGUGACUCUGGAGCCGGAGCUGGAGGAAGCCCUCGCUAAUGCCUCUGAUGCAGAGCUCUGUGACAUUGCUGCCAUCCUUGGCAUGCACACCUUGAUGAGCAACCAGCAGUACUACCAGGCACUGGGGAGCAGUACUAUCGUGAACAAAGAAGGGCUUAACAGCGUUAUUAAACCCACGCAGUACAAGCCCGUUCCUGAUGAGGAGCCGAACUCGACGGAUGUGGAAGAAACUCUGAAAAGAAUCCAGAGCAACGAUCCUGACCUUGAGGAAGUCAACUUUAACAAUAUCAUGAAUAUCCCCAUACCAACUUUAAAAGCCUGUGCUGAAGCACUGAAGACCAACACCUAUGUGAAGAAGUUCAGCAUUGUUGGAACGAAGAGCAACGAUCCUGUUGCUUUCGCGCUGGCUGAAAUGCUGAAGGUCAACAGCACGCUGAAGAGCCUGAACGUGGAGUCAAACUUCAUCUCUGGGGCCGGCAUCCUGGCUCUCGUUGAAUCGCUCCAGGGCAACACAGCCCUGGAGGAGCUUCGGAUUGACAACCAGAGCCAGCCCCUGGGCAACAAAGUGGAAAUGGAAAUUGCGAGCAUACUGGAAAAAAACACCACCCUGCUGAAGUUUGGGUACUGUUUCACCCAGCAAGGUCCCCGGCUCCGCGCGUCCAUUGCCAUGAUGAACAACAACGACCUCAUGAGGAAGAGCAGACUCGCGGAGCUGAACGGGCCCAUCUUCCCCAAGUGCAGGACCGGCGUGUAGCUCCUGGCUGCGGCGGUCACUCCCAGUGCUCUCUGCUCCACUGUGGAAAGCCAAAGGCUGAAGUGCCUUGACAGCGUAUGUGUGGUGCCUGGGUUCUGUUUUAUGCACUAAUGGUUUAAGUUAACUAGUGGCUGUAGUUGAAGAUUUUUUAUCCAGUAGGACUGUUGGUGUGUUCUGUAGAGUUGGAAACUAUUCAAGCCAGGAACAGCCUGACAGUUUUACACAAUCGCAGUUUAGAGUACAUCCCAGUGUGAAGGUGACUUAAUUAACCUGGGACCUGACUUUUCUAUAAACCUUUCUGCACGGUGUUUCGUAUAAUAGUUAGGAUGUGGUAUGCAUGAGUGAAGGAUUCAACUGUUUCACACAAAUUACAGAAGUGUUAAAAAAAUACUUUAUUUUUUUUUGAAAUUGAUCUCAAAUAUCUAUAGAGGAGCAACUAGUUUAACAAGCACUUCUGCUGUCCAGAAACAGGCUGAUUUCAGGAGCUGUGAAUUGUAAUUUUUUACUGACAGUUGCUGAGUCAAGUAGCUGGAGAUGCUGUUUCAAACGCAUCCCUGUGUUUCUCAGAAAAGAUCGAUUCCCUACCCUUAUCCCCCCCGCUAAAUUUAAAUUAAGGCCACCAAUUAUAAAACCCUCAAAAACUGAUGUAGGAGGAUGGGUUAAUAUUGUUCUAUCCUGUGCAUGCCUGAAUAAAAACAUCAGCUUUAUAGAGACCUGCUGCAAACACCAACUCCCCAGAAAUAGCCAAGCUAAUCAGUAAGAGACCGUCCUCUCUUCUAGUCCCCACCCCUCUCAGUUACAUGACCUCAAAAGCGUGUGUCCAGAUUUUCACCAGCAAUGAGUCAAAUCCUCUCUCCCCACUGUUUUGUUGAGAAGAUCCUGCCCAUUAAUUAAAUUUUGUUACGCUGGGGAUUGUUUUGCUUACUCUCCCCGCUAACAUCUGCAUAAAUGCAACGCUGAACACUGCGAUGUUUCCUGCUAGCAGAAACAUCCCGGCUGUGAACUUAGGCUGCACACAGCCUGGCAGCUUUUCGUCAGCCCACCACCCGUCCUCUAGCCUGGGAGCAAUGCCCCCAGGAACACGCAGCUCCCAGGCGUGCUGUGGAUUGAACCCAGCACUGUCCCACCCCAAAUGCCUGCUGUUACCGUGGCUGGGAUCCUGGAGGUUCUCCUGGCAGACGUGUUGCUGUACUAAGGGCUUAUUCUUGGUCUGAUGUAAACACAGCCUAGCAAAAUACUAGAAUUUGUCUGUACGCAUCUGUUAAGAACAGAGUCCUGCAGCCUCUUGCAUGUACUCCAGGAAAGACCCCAGAUUUCUACAGAGCUCGUGUGCAGAUAGAACUUAGCUCUGAAAAAAUAAAGCAGAGAAACACUUUACUGUCAGCAAUGUGGGAAACAUACUUGUUGCUCUUAAAAUCUUAAUAAAUAUGCUAAUGAUGCCAAA